AUGGUGUUCGACCUCCGAUCCUUCAGUUUCGAAGAUGAUGCCCCUCCUCCUAAAAGCUUCUCCCUAAAGGAGCUCCAAGUCGCCACACACAACUUUAGCCGAGACAACUUCUUUAGCGAACGUGUAUACGGCACGCUUUACCGGGGGCGCUUAGCCGAUGGUUCUCCGGUGGCAGUAAAAAGAGCACGCACCGUCUUCGAAUGCAGCGAGGAACAGUCCGAAACAGAAGUUCAAGUGGGACGCUCAAUUUCAGCGCACCAGAACGUGCUACGCCUGAGGGGCUUUUGCCAGACCAAGAAAGAGCUGUUACUGGUCUACCCCUUGAUGAUCAACAAGAAUCUAAGAUAUCAUCUUCGACUUAGACCGGAUCGGUCCACCCAACCUCUCGGUUGCACAACUCUUAUGCGCAUUUCCUUGGGAGCGGCUAGAGGGAAUUUUUGGCGUGCCCUUAUAAUGCACGAUGGAAAUGCAACGGAAGGGACUAUUCAAUGGCCCGUGAGAGUCUCCUCCUCAUCCCAAGGAGAAGAUUCAGCUGAUUCCGAUUCCGAUUCUCCAACCUAUCGUCUCUAUGAAGACGUUUAUGUGGACACCACCUAUGCUGACGGCAGAGUCGAGUUUAUUGCCCCGGAGUACCUACACACAGGAAAGUGCACACUGAGGAAUGAUGUUCACGCCUUUGGGAAAGUGCUUCUUGAGCUCAUCUCUGGACAGCCACCUGCAAAACAUGAAGCGCUGCCUUAUGGCGAAAAUCUCAGUUUGGCGGAAUGGAUUGGUGGAUUUAUGAGCAAGAACGAGUUGGGAAGAUUGAUUGAUCCCAAUUUGCGGGGGGACUAUGAGGAAGAAGAAGCAGAGCAGCUACUCCAACUGGCAUUAUUGUGCGCAGAUGGCGAUCCAUCUAUCCGACUGGAGAUGUCUGAAGUGGUUCGAAUGCUCGAAAGCCAAUUGCUUGGGCAGGAUCCUAGCAGUAGGAGCAGUUGGAGCCAAAGCGAGUGUGAUUCGACUCCUUACUACUCCAUCCCUCCUUCUCCGUCGGAAAUGGCUUUAUGA